AUGCGAACCUCGCUCCGAAGAUCUUGCAAUGCCUGCGCGAAGGCGAAGCAUAGUUGCGAUCUCGGAACUCCCAAAUGUUCACGAUGCCUCAAGAGAAAAGUCACGUGUAUCUACGCAAACGUGCCUUUGUCUUCAUCAUCGACAACAUCAUCGUCAACACCGGAACAGCCGGCUCGGAGCGGGUCAAUAGAGAAGUCUGAGGUGAAGGCGUAUUCUUUGAAGAGCCGAAACUUAGAUUCGGCCUCUCAAGAUUCAAUGGAGCUAUUCGCACCCGCUGGCAAUUCCUUCGAUCCGUUUGACUCAUAUCCAGCCACCAGACUUCCCAGAGUUCACGUUCAACGAUUGAUACAGCACUUUUUAUCAAAUAUCUCCUUUCAAUACUACCCUCUGGAUCUCAACAUGUCCUCAAAUCCAUUCAUCGUCUCUUGGUGGCCAUUGGCUCUUGCAGAUCCAGCAUUGUUCCAUGUUUCUAUACAGACAGCAUCAUUAGAUGAAGAGAGGCGCGCCCAGAAGGGCUUCCCUAUAUCGGAACUUCUCAUGGUAGAUUCUGUGUCUCUAAUACGGAAGAAGAUAGGGAGUUCGUUGCUGGCUAUUCAAGAUGAGACUUUGAACUCUGUUGUCACAUUGGCUGCCAUAGAACAUGGAAAGGGGAAUAUUGAAGCCAGUAGAGCGCAUAUAGACGGGGCGAAACGUAUUGUUGGGAUCCGAGGUGGACUUGAUCAAGUGAAGCAAGUAAGUCCAUUGACCGCGAGGAUGAUUGCUUGGGUAUCGUUGCUCGUCACAGGCUGUCCUCAAUAUGCAAUACAGGACGAUCUCGGAAUUGGAGAUGGAGUUGGUCCAACACUGCAAUGGCUUCUCGCAUCAUCCUUCCUUGAGGCCCAAGACCCUGUUGUCGACGCUCUCCUCCUGGAUCGUGAGGUAGCGGAUAUUCUGACUCGCUUGCGCGGCAUUUUUCACCAACCGAACGCCUUGAGUUUACUAGGCACCGAACUUCACGAUCUUACAUGUUUCGUGGUUCACAAGCUUUUGCUCAUUCCGCCACUUCAAAACUCGCCUCAAUCGGAGUGUCUGCGAUGCGCGAUAACGCUCUACAUGCUCAUCAUACAUGGCACAACUUAUUAUACGCAUACAGAGCUCGCCAACAGCAUUAUUCAGCGCCUCAAGAGCCAGCUCCAGCCUUUAGCAGGCAAAACGGGCAGCGUCUUCUUCGGUUCCUUGCAGAUCUGGGUACUCUCAGUCACAAUUGUCUCGGCUACGGAUCCAACAGAUAUACAAUGGCUCAUAUAUGCAGCCAAAAUUGCAGCAAAUGCGAUGGGCUUGCAGUGUUGGGAUGAUGUUGUUGUCCAUUUACAGAACAUUCUGUGGCUAGAGACAGAGCGUGCAGAAGUGUUCCGCCAACAGUGGGAAGCAAUUCUGACAUGA